AUGAACAACAAGGCAGCAAUACUUACUGUAGCGUCAUCGACUGUGGCGAGACAAAUUCCCAGCCUGGGGGAUAGCGGCAGAGACACAUGCGACCAGAGCAGCAGAGGCACCGCCAAGGCAGGUGUAGCCUGCAGCGUAGGCCGUAUCUGCAGGCAAUGCUGUAGCCAUAGUAUAGCUACAGCACGCGGUGGUAUUGAUACUCGUGUAUGCGGAUGGGGUCACUUAAAGCGGGGGGGGGGGGGGGGGGGGGGGGGGGGGGGGGGGGGGGGGGGGGGGGGGGGGGGGGGGGGGGGGGGGGGUGAUAGUGAUGUCUGUGAUAGCGAGGGUGUGCCGGUCGUGCUCAAGAGGUGCUACUCUCUGACAUACCUGCGGUCGUCGUGCUCGUGA